UCUCCCAGAAGGCCUGGCGCCUCACCCCGCAUGCGCAGUGACGGGCCUGUUCGUUCUCGCUGAGGGAGAAAGACGCAAGCAGCCGCGGGGUCUCGGUGGAGCGGCGGUGGCUGGAGACGGAGAGCGACGGCGCCACAUGCAUAGUGAGUACUGUGUAGUCCUCUCACCCUCAAAGAUGGUGAAGCUGGAUAUUCACACUCUGGCUCAUCACCUCAAGCAGGAACGACUCUAUGUAAACUCAGAAAAGCAACUUAUUCAGAGAUUAAAUGCAGAUGUAUUGAAGACAGCUGAGAAACUGUACCACACAGCGUGGAUUUCCAAGCAGCAAAGGAUUAACUUGGACAGACUUAUCAUAACAAGUGCUGAAGCUUCUCCUGCUGAAUGCUGCCAGCAUGCCAAAGUCUUGGAGGACACACAGUUUGUUGAUGGGUACAAGCAGUUGGGAUUUCAAGAGACUGCUUAUGGAGAAUUCCUCAACAGGUUGAGAGAGAACCCUAGGCUUAUUGCUUCCUCUCUGGUUGCUGGAGAGAAACUCAACCAGGACAACACACAAAGUGUUAUUUACACAGUCUUUACCUCCAUCUAUGGCAAUUGCAUCAUGCAGGAAGAUGAGAGCUACCUCCUUCAAGUUUUGCGUUACUUGAUAGAAUUUGAACUAAAGGAAAGCGACAAUCCCAGACGGCUUUUGAGGAGAGGCACCUGUGCAUUCAGCAUUUUAUUCAAACUUUUUUCUGAAGGACUCUUUUCUGCAAAACUCUUCCUCACUGCAACAUUGCAUGAGCCAAUCAUGCAGCUGCUGGUGGAAGAUGAAGACCACCUAGAAACAGAUGCAAACAAAUUGAUCGAGAGGUUCUCUCCCGCACAACAGGAAAAACUCUUUGGGGAGAAAGGCACUGAAAGGUUCAAACAAAAAGUCCAAGAAAUGGUGGAUUCCAAUGAGGCUAAGUUAGUGGCUUUGGUGAACAAAUUCAUUGGUUAUCUCAAGCAGAACACAUACUGCUUUCCGCAUAGCUUGAGAUGGAUUUUAUCACAAAUGUACAAAACACUCUCCUGUGUAGACCGGCUGGAGGGUGGGGAGGUGCGAGCAAUGUGCACAGAUCUUCUGCUUGCAUGUUUCAUUUGUCCUGCAGUUGUCAACCCAGAACAGUAUGGAAUAAUUUCCGAUGCCCCAAUAAACGAGGUGGCAAGAUUUAAUCUGAUGCAGGUCGGGAGACUUUUGCAGCAGUUGGCAAUGACAGGCUCUGAAGAGGGAGAUCCGCACAUGAAGAGCAACCUUGGCAAAUUCGACAAAAGCUGUGUUGCUGCUUUCCUGGAUGUUGUUAUUAGUGGGCGUGCUGUGGAAACCCCUCCGAUGUCUUCAGUUAACCUUCUAGAAGGGUUGAGUAGGACUGUGGUUUAUAUGACAUACAGCCAACUUAUUAAUCUGGUUGGUUUUAUGCGAAAUGUAAUGUCAAGUGACCAACUGAAGGAAGAUCGGAUGGCUCUGGAAAACUUGUUGGCAAACUUACCCCAGAACAAACCCGGGAAAAGUAGCAGCCUUGAAAUGACUCCUUACAAUACCCCACAACUCUCCCCUGCAACUACCCCAGCUAACAAAAAAAAUCGACUGCCUAUAGCUACCCGUAGCAGAAACAGAUCAAAUAUUCCGAUGGACCAGCAUGGAGACCAUGAAGGAUCCUCCCAGGAUUCUAUACAGGAAGUUCAGCCAGAAGAAGUACUGGUUAUUUCUUUGGGAACAGGUCCGCAGCUUACUCCGGGGAUGAUGUCAGAAAAUGAGCAGGAAAAUCAAUUUUCAUCAGGUCCUUCAAAUCGCUCCAAUUCUGUGUCCUCUUUGGAUUUAGAAGGAGAGUCUGUGUCAGAGCUUGGUGCAGGGCCUUCUGGGAGCAAUGGUGUUGAAGCCCUGCAGCUGUUAGAACAUGAACAAGCUACGACUCAGGAUAAUCUUGAUGACAAGCUCCGUAAAUUUGAAAUUCGUGAUAUGAUGGGAUUGACUGAUGAUAGGGACAUAUCAGAAACUGUGAGUGAGACCUGGAGCACAGAUGUCUUGGGCAGUGACUUUGAUCCAAAUAUUGAUGAAGACCGUUUGCAAGAAAUUGCAGGUGCAGCUGCAGAGAACAUGCUUGGCAGCUUGCUGUGUUUGCCAGGUUCAGGAUCUGUGCUGCUGGACCCCUGCACAGGGUCAACCAUCUCCGAAACCACCAGUGAAGCUUGGAGCGUGGAGGUAUUGCCAAGUGAUUCAGAGGCCCCAGACCUAAAGCAGGAGGAAAGACUGCAGGAGCUGGAAAGCUGUUCUGGGCUGGGCAGCACCUCUGAUGACACAGAUGUGAGGGAGGUCAGUUCUCGUCCCAGUACACCAGGCCUCAGCGUCGUGUCAGGUAUUAGUGCAACCUCUGAGGAUAUUCCUAAUAAGAUCGAGGACCUUAGGUCUGAGUGUAGCUCUGACUUUGGAGGGAAAGAUUCAGUGACAAGUCCUGAUAUGGAUGAAACAGCUCAUGGAGCCAGUCAUUUGACUUCUCCCCCUUCUCAGUCGGACUCUUUGCUUGCAUUGUUUGACCCUUUGUCAUCACACGAAGGUGUAUCAGCAGUGGUUAGGCCUAAAGUGCACUAUGCAAGACCCGCUCAUCCGCCGCCAGAUCCCCCAAUCUUGGAAGGAGCUAUGGGAGGUAAUGAGGCCAGAUUACCAAAUUUUGGCUCCCACAUCUUAAUCCCAACUGAUUUGGAGGCGUUCAAACAAAGGCAUUCCUACCCAGAAAGGCUGGUCCGCAGCAGGAGCUCUGACAUAGUGUCAUCAGUUCGGAGACCUAUGAGUGACCCUGGCUGGAAUAGGCGGCCUGGUAAUGAAGAAAGGGAGCUUCCUACACAAACACCCAACAUUGGGGCAGCUGCUUCAGUGCCUGCGCCUCAGUCCUCUUCGUCAUCCCCCAGUAAAGACUCCUCUAGAGGAGAGAUUGAGGAACGAAAAGACAGUGACGAUGAGAAAUCUGACAGGAACAAACCCUGGUGGAGAAAGCGUUUCGUUUCUGCCAUGCCCAAAGCUCCUAUACCAUUUAGAAAAAAAGAAAAACAAGAAAAAGACAAAGAUGACUUUGUGUCUGAGAGAUUCUCAACACUUCAAGAUGAUCCCAAUCCCAGACUAAGUGCACAGGCACAGGCUGCAGAGGAUAUCCUGGACAAAUAUAGGAAUGCUAUUAAGCGAACCAGCCCAAGUGAAGGAGCUAUAGUAAAUUAUGAAAGUGCAGAUGUAAUUGGAGAUGGUGAGAGUAUACACGACUCUCCACGUGAUGAAGCCCUGCAGAAUAUGUCAGCUGAUGACCUCCCAGAUUCUGCAAGUCAAGUAGCACAGCCACAAGACUCUGCUUUCUCUUACAGGGAUGCAAAGAAGAAACUGAGACUGGCUCUUUGUUCAGCAGAUUCCAUUGCCUUCCCAAUGUUGACCCAUUCGACAAGAAAUGGCCUACCAGAUCACACCGACCCUGAUGAUAAUGAAAUUGUGUGCUUCCUGAAAGUUCAGUUAGCUGAAGCUAUUAACCUACAAGAUAAGAAUUUGAUGGCCCAACUGCAGGAGACAAUGCGCUGUGUAAGCCGCUUUGAUAACCGAACAUGUCGAAAGCUACUGGCUUCCAUUGCAGAGGAUUAUAGGAAAAGGGCUCCAUAUAUUGCUUAUUUAACUCGAUGUCGCCAAGGUCUGCAGACCACACAAGCCCAUCUGGAAAGGCUCCUGCAGAGGGUAUUACGUGAUAAGGAAGUGGCCAACAGAUAUUUCACCACAGUUUGUGUGAGGUUACUUCUGGAAAGCAAAGAAAAAAAGAUAAGGGAAUUCAUUCAAGAUUUCCAGAAACUCACUGCAGCAGACGAUAAAACAGCCCAAGUAGAAGACUUCCUUCAGUUUUUAUAUGGAGCCAUGGCCCAGGAUGUCAUCUGGCAAAAUGCCAGCGAAGAGCAGCUCCAGGACGCACAGCUUGCCAUCGAACGCAGUGUGAUGAAUCGCAUUUUCAAACUCUCAUUCUACCCGAAUCAGGAUGGAGACAUUUUGCGUGACCAGGUCCUUCACGAGCAUAUCCAAAGGUUGUCUAAGGUAGUGACUGCAAACCACCGAGCACUUCAGAUACCAGAGGUGUAUCUCCGGGAGGCACCAUGGCCAUCUGCACAGUCCGAAAUCCGCACAAUCAGCGCUUACAAAACCCCACGGGACAAAGUGCAGUGUAUUCUGCGAAUGUGUUCAACCAUCAUGAACCUGCUGAGUUUGGCCAAUGAAGAUUCAGUCCCUGGGGCAGAUGACUUUGUUCCUGUUUUGGUGUUUGUUCUGAUAAAGGCAAACCCACCCUGCUUGUUGUCCACUGUUCAGUACAUUAGUAGCUUCUAUGCUAACUGUUUAACUGGAGAAGAAUCUUACUGGUGGAUGCAGUUCACAGCAGCAGUUGAAUUUAUUAAAACCAUUGAUGAUCGUAAGUGACCCAAAAGGGCACCUAUGUAGACAGACUGUUAGCAGCAAAGAGCCUGUAAGAAUGUAUAUCAACUGUUUCAAAGGCUGAAGAAAUACUUUCCUUGUAUAAUAUUGUACAGAGUGGAAGCGUUUAAAAAAAAUUUUACUAAUCAGAUUAAUUAAUUUAACAGGUUUUCUUUCCUCUCUGUUUUGGUUGCAUCUUUCCCCCCUUUAGGGAUUAGCACGGGAAAAAGGGACCACAUUUUUCAGGUAUUGUGGAUUCUCAAAAUCGUUUAGGAAACUCUGCUGUCACUGCCCCUUUCACACACACUAUUUUUCCCCUAGGCUUCUGUUGAUGUAAAUUUGUUCAUUUUCUUUGUUUCCAACCAAAAAGAUCAUGGCAAGCACUUUUAAGAACCUUUCUAGCUUAAUACACCUUUUGUAAGAAAACACCAGCUGCACUGAAAGUUUGUAGCAGUUGACAUAAUUAUAAAUUGUACUUCACCUAUGGUAAAAUUAAAACCUGGGGACAAUGUAAAUAUAUUAUAUAAUAUUUAAUAAACUGCAGUCAUCUUUGGACUCAUUAUCCUUUCAACCAGCAAACAAGCAGUUUCUCUCUCCUACAGCAGGUUGUGACAUACUGUAUUGGGUAAUGAGAUGACUUCCUCAAUAGGAUAAGUUUAAAAAGGGCAAACCUAAAUAUUUAUUAAAAUUUAAUAAAGUUUACAGAACUUUCUGAAACUGGAAUUUACAAUUCACAGGGCUCUCACUCGAAAGUUUAAAAUUUUUGGCUCGGGAAUUAGAGCAUUUUAAAUAAAUAGUUUGGAUUUAUAGAGGAGAGGGGCUGUAAGUUUCAAUAGAGAAGUUCUAAUAUAAAAAGGAAUAGUAUAUACCUUAUUGUAAUAUUUUUCAUCUGAUGUAUUGUCUGAUGCAUCAAAUACUGUGUAUACUGUACAAACCCCAAACAGAAUUCCUUACAGAACCUGAAACUGUAAUAUAUAUUUUGAUUAUUCACAUUAAAUACACAUGCCAGGGGUUUCAGUGAAUGUUUUUUUACUAUAUGUUCUUUGUAUCGUCUUCUCUAGCAGUGCAGGUUUUACUAUUCAUAUAAAAUAUUUUAAAGUACCAUGUUGUCCUUUAUAAAACACAUCAUGAAAUCAGUUCACGGAAUCUUUGCAAAUGUCUCUCACCCCUCUCCCAUUUGAAACUGACAAUUACGAGAAGAGCAGGUGCACUUCCUUGACCAGCAAAAUAAUAGAGUUCCCAGAGCUGGCCCAAGCCAUUUCUUAUAUGCCUGUGAGUGGUCACUGGCCUUUGUUCUUGUAGAUCUCUCUAAAAAAGGAUGGCGAUCAAUUUCUUUUGUAAAAGGCACACUGCUUAACCCCUUGAUGCUGGCAUUACUCCUCGCUCUCUCCUCUUCCUCCCAGUGCACAUCUCUUUGCUGGCAGUGAGGUGAGCCAGAUGUGCUGGCUUUGAGCGGUAAAAGAAAUGACAUAAUCUGCACCCCUUCUUUAAAUAGAAGAACAGUUUAUAUUUCUAAACACUGCUUAAAAAUGGGUUGAAGAUUUUUUUGUGUACUGGAAAAAGCCAACAUACCACAUGUUAGAAGCCACGUGAGUUUUUUAAAAAGGGAAUCCAUAAAAAUCUAAGUAACUAUUACUUCUGAGAGUCAUUAACUGAAAUUAGAACAAUCUAUGUACAGUAUUAAGUGAUUGAGAUGUGAUUGUGUUACCCAUCUAGGCAUAAUUCAGUGAAAGAAACCUUUGUUUUCAAGGACUUAAUCAUUAAUGUGUAAUUCAAUAUAUCAUUUUUAUCAUGUUAAAUAAAUCAUGGGGAAUCAAGUGAGAUGGUAUUUUUUUUGAAGUUUUGUUUAUAGUCUUUCUCUUCUAUUAUAGACUUACAGGGUACAGCAAUACUUUCUAGUAGCAAUGGAGUUGCUGUAGUCUGCUUUACUGUGAUCUUGAGUCUGAAUGGCAUUGUAAUACUCUAGUUGUUUAGCCGUCAUGGUUUUUUGGUGCUAAUGUAUUGCAUUCACCGCCCUAACCAAUAACAUUCAGCAGCGAAGCACAAUACUGCCCUUUAAGAGAGAGCCAGAAUUACAUCUAAAAGCAACGUACAUUUGUUAUGCCACAAUUCAGAAGUGUUCUGUUGUGUUAAAUUAUCACUGAGAAUUUGCUGUGUUGAUAUCAAACUACUGACGUACCCUUAAUUCUGCAAUUUUUGGCUUUUGUGACAGAGAAUAUUUGGUCUCUAAAACCUGUCGUUUUCUUAUAUUUAACAUUUGGCACAAAGCUCUCUAAGGGGGAGCAAAUGAUAGUCAAUGAUUAUCAUGCAUUUUACCUUUUUAUUAUGAGCAGUCUGGACACAAAGGAGUUGAUCUAUGAUUCUGUGAUCAGCUUGAUCAGGUCUUCAGGAUUUAUUCUCUCUACUGGAAAGUUUGUUUUCUCCUGGCAAAAACCAUUUUCUUCACAUUUGUAUCACUUCGCUGCUUUUCUGUAUAGAAAAGUUACUGAAGAACUUGAACAAUUUUUUAAAUGGUAAAUAUUUGUAUAAGCCCCAAUAUAGGUGAGAAUCUUCACAGCAGGAUGGUCCUUUGCUUCUUUUUUAACCUGCUGUAAAAGCCUUUUAUACACUGUUAUAAAUGUAGUAAAAGAAUUAGGCUUUCCAAAGAAUUAGGGAUCUUAUUGUAAUGUGUGUGUCUAUUUUUUCCUGGUGUCCUGAUUUUGUUUUAAAAUGUUAAAUUAUAUGUACAGGAAGAUGACUUUACGUUUUCUGUUGUGCAAUAGUAAGAAAAUAAAGAUGGAAAGCACAUUAAGGACCAAACAGUAAAAGAACUGUUUUGCCAAAAGGCUCCAGCCAGCCAUGCACACACAUUGCAUUGAAUCAGUACUCAGAACUUCAGUGCUUGCUGUUAGAAUUACUUCAGCCACUUAACAGUGAACUGAAAAAUGUUUUGGGAGGUGGGGAGUGGAGGUUAUUAAUAGCGAUCAUAUAUGCAGACUUAAGGCCCAAUUAUUGAAGUUCAGGGUGCUGCCUGUAGGAGUAAGGAGUACUCACCUGUCUGUGAUUUCAUAUGAUUGGGCACAUACAUGUUACAAAGGCAUUAUUUUUCUUUCUUGGGAUGGGGAGCAGGAGGGAAGAGGCUUGGCUCUUUCAUCUGCAGGGGAAUCCCCUUUUACUUCUAACCCCUGAUGAUUUUUCUUUUUAAAGCUUGUUCUUCAAGAGGAAUUGCAAUGUAUGGCCUUUUGUUCUACCAAAUACUGAAUGUAACUGCCAUAAAUUUUAGGAAGAAGCCACAAACACAAUCUCUUUACUGUAGGUGAGUUUGUGGUGAGCACCAAGUGUUGGAUCAGAUUUAGUUUGAAAAUGUUGAUGUUCUAUUAAGCCAAAUUCUAGCAGAAAUUUGCGAUUUCGUUGCUAUGUUAAUGCUGAAUAGUUUGUAGAGGGAAAUUAGUAGACUAAGAAAGGGGAAGCAGUCAAGAGCAGUCCCGCUUCUCAAAGCUGCAUGAAAGUGAAGCAUAUUUGUCUAAAGUCUAGUAAUUUAUGUGGCAUAUAUAUAUAUUUUUAUAUAUAUAAAGCAGCCUUAGGCUAGCUGUGUGGCAGGAGAACCUGGAGCAGCAGAAAAAAUAGUGGACCGUAGGAAGGGGAAAGUACUCCUUUUAUUUGGGUAACAGCUGAUAGCUUGGUUGAGCCUGUACUACUUGAGAAUUAAUUGCUGAGUUACUAUUGUGUGUUCUGUACCUUUAAUUGUGCUUCACCUCUAUUUAAAAGCUUUGUACUGCCUCUCUUGAAACUGGUAAAGCCUUUAACAUUUUAAAUUAAUGAGCUUGCACAAUCUUGUAUACAGGAAACCCAUCUUGUCUCUACUGUGAUUAUUAAUGUAUUAUAUCAUUCUGUAAAAACUGAUUAAAAAGGAGAGCAGUUUAACUGUGA